AGGUACACAUAAAAAAUGGCGGAUGACGACGUGAAUGGAGAUUCUGAUGAUAUACAGCAGCAGAAGUCUCAGAAGAAGGCAGCCAAAUAUGACAGCGGCGCGGCUGAUUUGGAGAAGGUGACCGAUUACGCCGAGGAGAAGGAGAUCUCAUCCUCCGAUGGAUUUUCUUGCGCUCUCAGUAUAAUUGGCGAUCGCCGAGAUAAGGAAGCUGCAGAAAAGGCUAAGGAAAAGGAACUGCUUAAAGUAUCUAUAAAGAAGGAAGAUGUCGAUUUAAUUAUGAAAGAGAUGGAGAUCAGUCGCAUUUUAGCCGAACAGACACUCAGGGAACAUAGAGGAGAUGUAGUAGAAGCAUUAGUAACCUUAACUAAUUGACAUAUAGGAUAUUAACUAUUCUGACAUACAAAACUUUAAAUUCCAUUGUAAAUUAUACAACCUUAGAUGUAGAUUUCGAUUAGAAAUCUUUAAUUAAUAUUUAUUGUUAUAUUAUAUAUAUAUAUAUAUUUCUGUAUAUUUUUGUCAGUCUCAUGACUACGAAGAAAUUUCUCUACUACAUCUAUAAAGAAAUAAGUAAAUAGACAUUUAUAUAUUCAUUUAUACAGAUACAUUUCUAAAGAGCAUUCAUUAAAAGUACUAUGGGUAUAUUUACCAGAA